UAGAUGGGGAUUAGGUUACUCUAACAUAAAAUCGAACAGUUUAUUUGGAGAAGAAAUAGCCUACAGGUUAUGACAAUAUUGUUCACCUUAUUUUUUUGCACUUCUAAUUCUGCAGACACUUCAAGGUAAGGUAACUAGGUUUUACACAAUUUAAUUUGUUAAUUUGAAAUGUUCCCUCCCCCAGAUAUAGCUCAUAUGUUUAAAUAGUUAUCUGUUAAUGCGAAGGAAUUGGCUCCGCAAUGUGCGGCGAUGUUGUGCCAAAAUGUGUCAAAUCCAAGAUGUGUAAAUUGACAGGCACGCGCACUGUGAAAGAUGCGCAACAUCCCACCGUUCUUUCGCAUCAUAUCGACAUCACUGCACUUCUGACAGAAAAUCGAGCUGUCACUCUCCGGUGUCGUAUCUUCAACCAAAACGUGUCACCUCGAAGUCUAGUCAGCGACUAUGCCAUGCCAAAUGGUAAACAAACGCUCGCCUGCCAUAAUAAAUACGUGAGGAGAAGUCACUGUCGGAUUGAGGUGGAUUAGACCAGCUGAAAUCACUUGCACAAAACAUCAACUCUGGUUUUCCGACGAUGACCCGAUCCAUGAAGGAACAAUAAGAAGAGCGAUUCAUGGCUUUGUUCGAAAUUUAGAAUUGCGGCAAGCCAAUUCAGCGACAGACAUGAACAAAAUAACGAUUGCUCUCAAUAAUUUGUCUGGGAAGAUGAUGCUACUGUUCCACAUGCAAAGAAGCCCUUAGACCCGACAAUAAUAGGCUACCAAAAUGACAAGACUGUUCUGGAAUGCGCUCAUUGGGAUUUUGGCAUGCAUUUUACGCAGCAGAGAACUUCGCUUUAAUCGACGUACUUGUAUCACGAGAUAAUACUAGUUAUCCUAGAAACAUGGACAAAGAAUGCACAAGCUUUCCCUGAUGUGAUGACAUACUCUUCAAGUUCUCUUGAGAAUUGGAGCCAACAAUAUCAACACCGACGUAUUCAAUUGUGGACUGUGUGUAAAGCCAGAACCGACAACUAAUUUCACGGGAACACCGUAUCUCCUAUAUAUUAAAGCAUCUUCACAGACUCGCAUAGCGAGUCUGUGAGCAGGUGAGUGCGGGACCCUGUCUGCCCCACUGUCCAGUGACAUAAUGAGCUGGAGCUUCCUCACGCGGCUGCUGGAGGAGAUCCACAACCACUCCACCUUCGUGGGGAAGCUGUGGCUCACCGUGCUUGUCGUCUUCCGCAUCGUCCUCACUGCCGUCGGGGGAGAGUCCAUCUACUACGACGAGCAGAGCAAGUUCGUCUGCAACUCGGGCCAGCCGGGCUGCGAGAACGUCUGCUACGACGCCUUCGCCCCACUAUCGCACGUCCGCUUCUGGGUCUUCCAGAUCAUCCUGGUGGCCAUGCCAUCUCUCAUGUACAUGGGCUACGCCGUCAACAAGAUCGCCCAGCUGGACAAGGACGGGGGAGGGGUCGCCACUGAGACAGGGGGAGGGGGUGGAGGGGGAUACACCCAUCGGAGGCCCAGGAAGAUCUGCUUCGGGGCGCGGCAGCACCGGGGUAUAGAGGAGGACCAGGACCAGGACCAAGAGGAUGACCCUAUGAUCUACGAGGUGCCUGAGCCCGAGCCCCCUCGCCGGGUCGACCCACUAGCCCCACGGCCCAAGCCCAAGGUACGCCAUGAUGGGCGGCGGCGUAUCCAGGGUGAUGGGCUGAUGCGUAUCUACGUGCUGCAGCUGGUGACUCGCACGGCGCUGGAGGCGAGCUUCCUGGCGGGCCAAUAUCUGCUGUACGGCUUCCGCGUCAUUCCCGUGUUCGUGUGCUCCUUCAAGCCCUGCCCUCACAGCGUGGACUGCUUCGUGUCGCGGCCCACGGAGAAGACCAUCUUCCUGCGCAUCAUGUACGGCGUCACGGUGCUCUGCCUCACCCUCAACGUGUGGGAGAUGCUGCACCUGGGCAUCGGGACCAUCUGUGACAUCCUCCGCCGUCGCCGCUGCCCACCCCAGGAGGACGAGUACCAGCUGGGGCUGCUGGGACCCAGCGUGGGGGUCUCCGUGGGGGUGCCAGUCCCGGAGCCGGGCACGGGGGGAGGGGUGGUGGGGGACGGGGGUGCUGACUACGUGGGGUACCCGUUCUCGUGGAACGCCCCGUCGGCUCCACCGGGCUACAACAUCGUGGUGAAGCCGGAGCAGAUCCCCUACACGGACUUGAGCAACACCAAGAUGGCGUGCAAACAGAACCGGGCCAACAUUGCCCAGGAGGAGCAGCAGCAGUUUGGGAGCAACGAGGACAAUUUCCCCACGGGAGGGGAGGCCCGUGUGGCCCUCAACAAAGACAUGAUCCUGCAUGCCCAUGACCAGCUAGAGGCAGCCAUCCAGGCCUACAGCCAGCAGCACAGGGCAGAGGAACACCUGGGGGACAACCAUGAUGACAAGCCCCAAAGCAACAUCACCCAGGCCCAGCCACAGCCACAGCCUCACAAGGAGCGCAAGCACCGCUUCAAACACGGCAAGGGGGGCAGCAGUGGAGAAGGGACUGGAAGCAGCAGCAACAGCAGUAGUGGCAAGUCAGGGGUGGGCAAGCCUUCUGUGUGGAUUUGACCAUGUACACACACACACACACACACACACACACACACACACACACACACACACACACACACACACACACACACACACACACACACACACACACACACACACACACACACACACACACACACACACACACACACACACACACACACUCCAGCACUGAUGGAGCCCCAUAUCCCUGUAGAGUAUGUGUCAGUGAGGGAAGGGGUGGCCCCGAAAACUCCAGGACCGGCCCUGAACGGAGGGCUGAGGUAGUGGGAUGUCAUGUUGUCUUUCUGUGGAUAUUUCAACACCAUGUUGUGCCUUUAAAAAAUCCCACAAGCUAGAGGAGACUAGCCUACAGUGUGGACAGGUGUGUCAGGAGCAUUAGUGAUUUUGCAGCAGGCAGCUGUUUGCCUGGGCUGUCUCUGUCUAACCUAAAACACCCCGACACAACUCUCUGAAACAGUCUCUAGUGUUUCUGAACUCUUCCAAUUCUGAAGCAGACACUUGUUCUCUGUUGUCUUCCUACUGUCCCGUCUUCCAGUAGCCUGACGACUCACACUAAGUGAUUCUGUAGUUGGUGCAUACUUUAGUCUGAGCCUGCCAUCAUUGAAGUCGUUUGUGGUGACGAAGGGCACAUGGGGCAUUGUACAAAACCAAGUCACCAGCGAUUGGAUCGUCUCUAACCAAUCAGAGUCCAUGGGCGGCGCUUUACCCACUUGUGUUCUGGCUCUGGCCCAACCCAUCGGUUUCUGGACCAAUCAGAUGGCCUCGAAUGUGUUUGCAUUCGGUGAAGGGUACUCCGAUCCAGACUCAUUGAGGCGAAGGAACUAACAUCCGUGGGCGUGGCGUAGCGUUUGACCGGAUCAAGGAUUCUGGGCAGCCAGGCAAGUCUUCCAGAGGAUAAUGGGCUGAGAAAAUGACUCUAUCGUUAUCAUCAUCUUUUUUUUUACAUUUUCUGAUCCAUUUAUUUAUAUCCCGUCCAUUCUCUUGGUGAUCCUGAUUUCCAUUCCAGAUUUCGAUCAAGCUAAUCUGUCGGGCUGAAUUUCUGCAAAGUCACAGGCUUCGUAAUACAUUGGCAUCAGAAUGAAUGGACAUCAUAAUGCAAUGAACGACAUCGUAAUACAAAAACAGUUGAAAACAAAUGACUUUAUAAUGCAAUGCAUCAUAAUGCAAUGGCAUCAUAAUGCAAUGACGUCAUAAUGCAAUGACUUCAUAAUGCAAUGACUUCAUAAUGCAAUGACUUCAUAAUGCAAUGGCAUCAUAAUGCAAUGACAUCAUAAUGCAAUGACUUCAUAAUGCAAUGACUUCAUAAUGCAAUGACGUCAUAAUGCAAUGACUUCAUAAUGCAAUGACUUCAUAAUGCAAUGGCAUCAUAAUGCAAUGACUUCAUAAUGCUAUGACAUCAUAAUGCACUGGCAUCAUAAUGCAAUGACUUCAUAAUGCAAUGACUGCAUAAUGCAAUGGCAUCAUAAUGCAAUGACUUCAUAAUGCAAUGACUUAAUAAUGCAAUGGCAUCAUAAUGCAAUGCCAUCAUAAUGCAAUGACUUCAUAAUGCAAUGACUUCAUAAUGCAAUGACUUCAUAAUGCAGGGUUAAUAAUGAAAAGGUCAAUCAUAAUGUGUAUGUUCACCUUCCCUGAAGGCUAUUGUGCAUCUAUUUUCUCUCCAAGGUCACUGAUGUGUAGUGUGUGGGACUUGAUAUUUGACCCAGGCCAAGUCUUUGAGUGCAUGCAUCUUCCAGGUGGAGGGACAGUUCAUGGCUUGAUCAGAUGAAAGUGGUCAGCGAUAUGGUUGAUGUAGACGGAGUCUGGUGAAGAGUGCUACUCUUGUGCCCACUGGAGUUCCCCCUCCUUCACAAUGUGUAUGAGAAUCAAUUAUUCUCACCAUGAAUUAAUACCAUUUAUAGACAACUCCCUCUGUAAACCUGCAAUCUUUUCACUUUAUUUUCUCCGUCUCUAGUUCUCUCCAGUUUGGACCUGUGUACGGUCUCUCAGUACUGGGUUGGCAUCUGUCUGGUUAUUGAGUGCCCCCUGGUGGUACAGCUUUUAAACUAAGGAUUUAUCAUCCCCUUAGUACGAUAUUGCUUACUUUAAUUUGGUAUCUUACUAGUACUUACUAAUUUCGAGUUACCAAUGAUCACCCAGCAUUCCAAACACCUGAAGUUAGUCUCUCCGGUUACACAGUAGCCCACUGUUUCCUUUUCAACCUCUUCCUUACAAGAGUCUUCUGUACAAAUGUUCUAUCUGAGACCAACAAGGCUGCAAUAAAAACAGCUCUCUAAGCUAGGUAGUGUUGAUGAUCUUCCUCUCUGUUCUCCUCUGUCCAAGUAUUUCUCUGAACUGCCAUAUAGGCUGUGUCCUAAAUUGCACCCUAUUCCCUAUGGACCCCGGGCAAAAGUACUGCAAUAUAUAGGGAAUAGGGUGCCAUUUGGGAUGAAGCUACAGAGACCAAACACUGUUGGUGUGAUGAAGGCAGCGUCACCGCCAUUGCCAAGACAACGUUGGGCUACUAUGCAGUCAGGUUGUGAUUUAGCUUUGCCUUGGAAUACUGUGGCCAUGCUACCUGACUCACAGAGGAGAAGAACAUGUGUCUGAACAAUCCUUUGUAUGUUUUGUAAAAGUCUCUGUUUUUUAAAAUUAUGUCUAAGUGUGUUUUGGUGUGUUUUGGGAGGUCUAAUGUAGCAGAGGUGAAAUAGUUUUUUUGUUUUGUUUUUCUGACCAGUCGUGUUUUUCAAACUUUUUUUUUCUUCAAUAAAGAUUUCUAAAAUUAACAAAAGAUUGUAUUUACAGAUAUCUUCUAGAAUUGGUUAUGUUAUUGCCUUCAAAUGAUAAAGAUAAUAUAUUUUUUAUAGGUACAGUAGUUGUGUAUCAUGUUGUUGAUGUGUAAAAUAAAAAAUACA